ACGCCUCCCUUCACCGGUAAACAAGAACAAUGAGGAAGUGGUAGAAAACGUUUGUUUUGUGCUUGUGUCUUAAAAAGACCUUGUCGAAUGGUCUGCUUCUAUGUGUUGACUGUUUGUAUGUAAUGAUGUCGGUCCCAGUGUAAGUGACGCGGUGGACCAGCUUCUGUGAGAACCACUGUCUUUAGAGGAAGAAGGAUGGCAGACGAAGCUCCUUUCCAGUUUUUACAUAACGAAGUGAUACAUUACAUCUAUAAGUCAGCUGAAAACGGAGAGACGGAGAAUGGAAAAAAUAUCACCAAACUGGAGAAUAUGGGAUUUAGAGUCGGCCAAGGACUAAUAGAGAGACUGACAAAAGACACAGCCCGGUUCAAAGAUGAGCUGGACAUCAUGAAGUUCAUCUGUAAAGACUUUUGGACCUGUGUGUUCAAGAAGCAAAUUGACAACCUUCGAACCAAUCACCAGGGGAUCUAUGUUCUCCAGGACAACAAGUUCAGAUUACUGAGUCAGCUGUCAGCUGGGAAACAGUACCUGGAACACGCCCCUAAGUAUCUGGCCUUUACCUGUGGUCUGGUGAGAGGAGCUCUGUCCAAUCUGGGAGUCAAGAGUAUUGUGACUGCUGAGGUGUCCGUCAUGCCAGCAUGUAAAUUCCAGGUCAUGAUCCAAAAAAUGUAGCGAUGAGCAGAGGCUCACUCUGCACUCUCUUUUGCCAUCACAUAUCCUUGAGUUUUUAUCAUUUAAGGGAAAUGCCACCCAUCUUCAUCAGAAAUAUUACUUCUCUCUACACAUUACAGUGAUGAUUCGCAAAAGUUUGUCUGUUUCAGUGUCCAGAGCCCCAUUUUCUGAUAACAGAGGAACAGUGUUUCCUGCUGUUAAACUCCCAUCAUUAUCAGAAGUGGAUAAACACUUAAUGCCAUGAUUGCCAUUAUUUUUGAGAAUGACUCUUUAGUAAUGUUAUUUCCUUUGUUCACAGUUUAUACACCAAUCAACCAGUCACUGGUUUUAAUGUUGUGGCUGAAUGGUUUAAAUAUUCAGUAUACACACAUACACACAUUUGCCUGUGAUCAUAGUGCUCCCCAGAGGGUAAAGACACUAUAGCACUAAUAAUAAUCAGAAAUCCUAUUGAAGCAUGUUUGUACAGUAUUGCAGAUGAAUUUUCUUUUUAUUGAAGUGUGUUUGAACUUUGACUACAGGUUGAAUCAGUUGCAAUAAAUUCCAGCGUGAAAUCUCUCA